ACAAAAAUAAAUAAAAAAAAAGAAACAAAAUGUAAGUAGCAAAAGUUUGGUAUUCGUAAUUAAAUUUUAUAGAAGAUAUUAAGGCAACAUGAGUGGAAUUAAUUUGGAAAUUAAGCUUAAACGAGCGAAUAAAAUUUAUUAUGAAGGCGAACUUUUGGUAGGUGUAGUUCAAAUAACAUGCCCUGUUGAAAGUCGUCAUGAGGGCUGUACUUUAAUAUUAGAAGGAGUUGUGAAUUUACAGCUUAGUAGUAAAAAUGUUGGAAUUUUUGAAACUUUUUACAACUCUGUAAAGCCCAUCCAGCUGCUCAAUUCUACAUUCGAAUUAGCACCACCUGGAAAAUUGUCACAAGGAUUGUCAGAAUUUCAUUUUGAAUUUCCUUUAACAUGUCAUAAGGAACCAAAAAUUUUAUAUGAAACUUAUCAUGGUGUUUUUGUUAAUAUUAAUUAUCAGUUGAAGUGUGAUUUAAAACGAAGUUUUUUGGCUAAAAGUAUUUCAAAAACUCAACAAUUCUGCAUUCAGUAUAAGGCUUCAUGUGAUGAGACUGAAAAAACACAACACUCAUCAGUUAAUACACCAAAAACCAUUACAAGAACUGAUAGCAAAAUUGAAUCCAAUGUAGAUCCACAUCCAUCGGAAGUUAAUUUCAGUAUUAGUCCAGAAAGUUUACAAAAAUCAGCUAAAGAACGAAUUUCUAUCCCAAGAUUUCUCAUAACUGGGAAACUUGAUCAAACUGAAUGUUGCGUCACCAGACCUUUCACCGGUCAUCUUACAAUUCAACAUACGGAAGUUGCCAUAAAAAGUAUAGAACUUCAAUUAGUUCGUGUUGAAACUUGCGGAUGUGAGGAAGGCUACUCAAAAGACGCGACCGAAAUUCAAAAUAUACAAAUUGCUGACGGCAAUGUGUGUCCCAAGUUAAAAAUUCCAAUAUUUAUGAUAUUUCCGAGACUUUUCACAUGUCCAACUUUAAUAACAAAAAAUUUUAAAAUUGAAUUUGAAAUUAAUUUGGUCAUAGUUUUCAAAGACGAAUAUUUGGUGACUGAGAAUUUUCCAAUUAUUUUGAAAAGAAUGUCUGCUGCUCAAGAUUUAAAAAGAGUUCUGCGUGAUUAUUAGAUUCUAAACUUUUUAAAGAUAAUUAGUGCUCUACAAAAUAUAAUACUUUUGUUCAGAUAUAAAAUAAAUUGUUAAAUGAA